AGCACGGCCGGCGCGCCGCCUCUCGGUGUUGUUGUUGUGGUGGUGGCGGUGCGAGAGGAGGCGGCGGCAGCAGCGAAGCCCACGCGGGUCCGAGGCCAUGGCGCCCGGGCACCGCUACCCGCACAGUAGCCGCGACCACUACGACUUCGUCUUCAGCAGCAGCAGCAACAACAACGACGACUACUGCCAGGAGACGAAGACAAAGGAGGAGAAGUUGAAGAGUGAUAUUAAUAAGGAGGAGCAGGAGGAGCAGUAACGUCGUGACGGCGGCAGGCCCAGCUGGCGCGCUCUGACCAUGCAGCAGCGUGCCGUGAACAGCCUGCGCUUCAACCAGGAGCAGAGCUGUUUCUGCUGUGCCAUGGAGAGUGGCUUGAGGAUUUACAACGUGGAGCCUCUCAUGGAGAAGGCUCACCUAGAUGUCGAUCAGGUGGGCAGUGUUGGGAGAGUGGAGAUGCUGCAUCGCUCCAACCUUCUCGCCUUGGUUGGUGGAGGCUCCUCGCCCAAAUUUGCUGACAACUCUGUUCUUGUGUGGGACGACGCGCGCGAGGGCCGGGACGCCCGGGAUAAGUUGGUGUUGGACUUCACGUUCACGAGCGCCGUGCUGGCCGUCCGUAUGCGCCACGACAAGAUCAUUGUGGUUUUGCGGUACCGCAUCUACGUCUUCACCUUCCCAGACAACCCACAAAAAAUCUUUGAGUUCGACACACGAGACAAUCCAGACGGUCUGUGCGAACUGUGCCCCAGCUUGGAAAAGCCCUUGCUCGUGUUUCCAGGUCACAAGUGUGGGAGCCUCCAGCUGGUGGACCUAUCCAACACGAAGCCUGGCACGUCAUCGGCGCCCUUCACCAUUAACGCUCAUCAGGGCGAGAUCGCCUGCAUCGCCCUCAACCAGCCAGGCAGCCUCGUGGCCUCUGCCUCCAAGAAGGGGACUCUGAUUCGCCUGUUUGACACUCAGAGCAAGGUGAAGCUCGUGGAGUUGAGGCGCGGUGCUGACCCAGCCACGCUCUACUGCAUCAACUUCAGCCACGAUUCGUCCUUCCUGUGCGUGUCGAGCGACAAGGGCACGGUGCACGUGUUUGCUCUCAAAGACACGCACCUCAAUCGCACCUCCACUCUGGCACGAGUGGGCAAGGUGGGGCCGGUCAUCGGGCAGUAUGUGGACUCCCAGUGGAGCCUCGCUUCCUUCACGGUGCCGGCCGAGUGCUCCUGCGUGUGCGCGUUCGGACGCAAUGCGGCCAAGAGCACCAACUCGGUGAUCGCUGCGUGUGUGGAUGGCACGUUCCACAAGUACAUGUUCACGCCGGAAGGGAGCUGCAAUCGCGAAGCCUUUGACAUCUACCUGGACAUCGGGGACGACGAUGACUUCUGAGCGUUCGGCCACCGCCGUGUCUACGAGGCCCGACUCGGCUGGGUGGGGAUCGCGAGGGGCACCGGUGCCUAUGCCACCAGCAUCGGCCUCCCUUCUCAACGCUCCACCGCUAUCAUUGGGAGCUGUGUGGGGCUUGGCCAAAAAUAUAUCUGCAACAAGAACCUUCGUCUCAGAAAAUAAGAUUGUCCACUGAGCUUCGGUAAAAAAAUAAUUUUCAAGUAGUUUUUUCUUGAGUCGAAACUAAAACAUAGUCUUCCAUUGAAUGGUGUAUUGCUCAGAGAAAGGUCUUGUUAAGUUAUUAAUACAGUGGAUUUAAUGAUGCCUGGUGGUAGGUGUUUGAGAAAAGGAGGUGUAGUUGUCAUUUCCAUUGAGAGCCUCAUUUGUCAACAUGUCAGGGGAGGAACAUUCACUCUUCUGCGCAUAAUCUGAAGCUGGUCGUGAUUAGCUCGACGCAUCAAUAGCUGUAAUAUUUAGAGAAAUAGCACAGUUGUGGUCUUAAAUAGUUUUCUAGUUUAAAAUGUCUGGAGAGUUUUAAGGGUCCGGCUUGUGUUUCAUGUAGUAAUAUUCUGAAGAUGGUCACGAUUUCUUUCAACAUGUAGCCUCUUGAAAUCUUUAUCAUUUCUGUCGAGAUUUACUGUUUGCAUCUUUUUAAACUUAAAAUUGACUAGAGCAUGUGAAGUCUUGUUCACGGAGGACGUUUUAAGCCGCUCCAAAGUCUGCACCGCUGAUAUAUUCAGGCAAUAUAUCACUUUCUUUAAUUGCCUUACGCAACAAUCAUUUCCAGUGCGAUCAAAACUUUCAUUCAGUUUCACAAUGAUAUUUUGCAUAUUUUAAGGUGAUAAAUCAUGCUAACAAUGCACUACUUGUAGUCAGAACGUGCUUGAGAGCUGGGGUGAGUUGGACAGCGAAAGGGGAAGGGAGGAGAGGGUAGGCAGUCGAUGAGAAUUGACUGUAUGAAACAUUAUUUUAUAAGUUCAUCAACGGGCUCAUAUGCCGGUGCAGCUCGUAUAAGCUCCAUUAAUAUCUAUGCCUGACCUUGGACCUUUGAAGUUCCUGAGACCGAUUCACUUUUAUCUCCUCACCCGAAGAGAGGACUAGCAACGGCAGCACGAUACUUGAUGGCGCAGAGGUUAAAACGAUCGUCGCAAGACACCGACUGCUCUCGGGCCUUUGUGGCCAGUACUCUUCCCCAGCUCAUGUUGCGGUGGCCUGUUUUACACGAUGUACCGUGUGGCAUAGCUGAAGGACUACUGGCUGCACCGCGCCGCAGCGUCCCACGUGUUUCGCCUCACCGACGUCGUGACUUGAUCCAGUACUCGCUGGCAACAAUUCUGCAGCACUCUGCGGUUGCAACUGCUCGUGGAGAGAUGGAUUACUCGCCACUCGCGAGCCCGGUCCCGAGAGGGGGGGGGGUAUCGCUUUUAGUGGCGUGGGUUGCCUGCUGCCACUUUCAGUGAAGGCCGGAGCUGUUGUCGCGUUUUAUGCUUUUGCACACCGUGUGACGACGCCAUUGCUAAAUGUUUACAGCUGUAAUGCGCGCCGACGUGACCUCCAGCGCGACUGGUGUUGACCUUGCGUUUGUACAUUUCGGGCACUAUGGUGACACGGCAGUGAUGCUAACAAAUACUACACGCUCAGUAUUUUACAUGUUUUUUUUUAUAUUAACACGUUUUACAGUAGCAGUACUGUACCGAUAAUAUCAGUUUGAAAAGAAACGAUUAUUUUAAACGUGUAGGUAAUGUGCAAUGCUGACCUCUGUUUUGUAAGCUCACCGUGUUUAACCAUGCCACGUUAUUGCUAAUGCCAAUUGUGGGUGGUGGUCAGAUGUAUGCUUAUCACGGUUUUUUUUUUAUAUUGCCUCACUACGUCUGCUUCGUUAUGCGGAUAACACCAUUGCGUAAAUCGUGUCUUCGUAUAAAUCAUGCCGAUACACUGUACGUGCUGAUGUGGCGGAUAUUUCACGUGGCAACAUCCAGGUAAUGGCAGUGAAGUUACGAGCUGCAUUCUCUAUCUGCCUAUUCUCUCAAGCGAGAAGCUGCUGUCGGAGGAAAGGCGACAGCUUCUUUUCCGACCACGACAACGGUUGAAUCUGGGUUCCUUGUGUGACGGCGUAAUCUAUCGCAGCCGCAUACACCUUUUGUGGUUGUCUUUUCUUUAAGCUUUUGGUUUUGUCUAAAACUGUCAUCCCUGCUUGCACCCGAGCCCAGUCCUCGUGUCUCUCCGAUGUGUUCUCACGUUGUACCGUGUGUCAUUUGGCACGUGGUUCAACCCGAAAGCACAUCGAAGCGAUGGACAGCACAACCUCGAAAACAGUCUUUGCAGUGGUAGCACUCGCAUUUUUUUGGUUUAUAUCCAGCGUGGUGAGCAAGUAGCAGUCUUUAUAAUUCCCUGUCUCAUGCAGAAACAAGCUUGGAUAAUUAAUUUUCUCAACAGCUUGAUAAUGUUUGCCAUGCUACAGGUGGUGUACUUGUACGAUCCACUUCUGGUUACGCAUGGAGCCUAGCGACAGCUUGGCUUAAUCGACCGAUAAUAACGAUGGCAUUACAAAUUGGCACGCAUUGCAAACUGUUCCGCUUGACAGCGUUGUUAGAAUGAGUGUUCUAUUGAUGCUGCACAAUUGCAUAAUUAUUCUGGUAUACUGUAUGGGAUUUAAUGGGUUAUUUAUAUGGUAGCUAUACAAAGCAGUAUUGUAUGAGUUCAAAGUCGGUGUAAUAUCUUGAUAUUUUGCAUGUUACAGAACAUUCGUUUCAGUUUCAUUUACAAGAAUAACAGUGGCAUAGCGAGGGUUGCGUUUGGCUCCUGGUGCAAGGAAUUAAUUGGGGCCCUCUUUUCAAUAUCGCCGCCUCUCCGUAGCUGGUGCCUCGCCCCCCCCCCCCCCCGGCCUUUGGAUCCCGGUGAAGUUGCAUCUCCUGCACCCUCCACAGCUGCUGUGCCACUGCGACCCGAUUAAAUAUAGCUCAAACCUUUGGGUAGUCUUUUGAGCCCCUACAAAAUUGCAUUGAGGUGCACAGUUCAUGAUAAUUAAUAAUUGUAAUUUGCCUCUAUUGGUUAAUGUUUGCGUUCAGAUAAAAAAGGCAGUGUGGUGAACAAUCUGAUUUUAUAUGAUUUAAUUCCCUGACGAAAGUAUGUUAAAAUGCAACUCGUCAAAAUACAAAGCUGCCAUUUCCGUUAGCCAUUUGGAAAGAGUUCUAAAUCUGCUGAACAGAGAUGAGUUCCAAGGACUGGGGCCUCGAAACCAGUGUGCGUGUGCUUUGUGUGCGCUCUGUUUUUAUAUGCUAACGGCACGGAUUAUUCUGAAGCUUCACAGAAGUGCAAGACUCGACUUCACAGUUGUAGAUGAAACGUAUGCAGCAGCUGCACACAUCUGUGGUGCAUGCAGCGGCGGUGUGUAAUAAUCGUGUUGACUUCACGCUGCUCAUGUUUACGUUUCCACGCUGAGUUAGUUUUUUUUAUAUUAUACGUUUUUGAGUGAGUCAUACUGACUGAUGGAGAGUUGCUUUGUCGGACGUCAAAGCAAUUUUGCACUCGAGUUCCCGGCAUCUGUGCAUAAAUUCCGUGGGACAGCUCUCCAUGCAAAAGGUGCUUAUUUAGAAUGGGAAGAAAGAAACUGGCGCAACCUUGUGUGUAAACGGCGAGCGGUGUUGCGAACUGAUGUGUGAACAGAGUGCCGGGUUCGUUCGAGUCCUAUGGUGGUGUGAUUUGCCGAUGACCCAAUCGCCGGGAAUGUGUCCAAUUUCGUCAGAUCUCGGAAGUUUCGCAGGGUUAAGCCUAUUACCCUGUAUAAUGCUUGGGUGGGUGACCGCCAUGCACAGAUUGUCAUAGGGCUUGUGAGGCUUUGUGGUGAACAGCAGAGGGCAGUGCAGGACAGCAAAAUCUAUCGCCCUUCGAUGCGCCCCACCUUAAACCCACAAAGACCAGCAAUGAUGGAGUAUGGUCGAAUAACUCUGCAAGGCGCGCACAGGAGUGGGGGAGACCCUCCUCUCGCAGUGGAUUGACAAGAAGGGGCUGUCCUCGUACCCGGCGCUGUGAUGAUGCGGUGGCGUUCAACGCAUCGCCAGCGGUUCAUCUCGACGCACUGCGCCGUCUCGAGUUUGUGCAGGAUUCGUGAACAUUGCACCUUCGGAGGGCUUCUCGCAAGCGACAUUUCAAAGUCGCAUACUGUAAUACAAGAACGUGUAUGGUCAGCAUGAGCAUUGGAGUGCGUAUUUAUCUUCCUCCGUUGUCAAUGUUUGUUGUGUCUACAACAGCCACUGCCCGAAAACCGUUCAUAAAGACUUGCAGCUAAGAACUGGACGAUUAUUAAAGUAGUCGAUUUCUCUUCACCAGUUAUCGGUGCGAUUACUCUAAUAAUCAGAUUACACGAGAAUAUCUUUUUGGUUCUUUUGGUAAAGUCACGUAGAAGGGAAAUAAUAAAAUAAUAAAAAUAAAACAAUAAAAUACAAUUCUCACGUCGGAAAGACCUGUUCUUCACCUGAGGACGGAUGCUUGCGUUGUGGCCGAAACGUCGUGAGAAUGGUAUUUUAUUAUAUUUUAUUUUUAUUCUUUUAUUAUUUCCCUUCUACAUGACUUUACCGAAAGAACCAAGAAGAUUAAUCCCUGCAGUCACGAAAGCUUUAAAUCGAAAUACACGAGAAUAGUUGUGGAGGGGGAAAACACGUUCCGCCUCACAUUCCCACGUGUGCCGCUGGACGGGAGGUGGUGGUGGGGGGGUCGGGGCUUGGUGACACAAUUGGCAUCAGCCACGUCGCGCUGGCCGUGGCUUGUCAGGGGUUUCCCGGCUUCGGGGAGGCAGGGUGUAGGGACGGCUGUCAUUUUUAAAGCCGACUGAGUAAUCGAACACAAGUGGCUACUUUAAAAAGAAAAAGUUAAUGAAUCGACUUUAUCCUCCCAGCUCCACAUGCAACGUACAACUCUCCAGGUGUAUGAUACUGUAUAUAGCAUAGUGUAGUUUAGACAUUCGAAGGCUGGUCAAAACGAUUUGAGAAUAAAACAUUUAGGUGUUGCACAGACUUCAUUUUUAACGAAGGAAUAACCAAACAUCAAUGCAAAUGUUGAUUACUUUCCAGGGUGUUUCAAAAAGAUGGACCCAAUUUCAAAGCAGUAUAUUUAACGAUGGCAACAUGUUACAAUUACACACAAAGUUACAAACGGUUUAAUGAGUUAUCAAGUUUUACUAACCAUUUUAUAAAUGCUCUGUGUGCCCUCCACCUGCUGUACGGACAACAUCGAGACGAUAGUUGAAUUCGUCCCAAACGCGUCUCACGUUUUCCUCUGAGGUGCGUGGUCGCCCUGUGCUCUUCCCCUUACAUCAACAGCCUGUUUCCUCAAAUUGUCGGUACCAACGACGAACGCUCUUUAACAUUGGCGGAUCAAUGCCAAAACGCCGUUGAAACGCACGCUGCACCGCAAUUACGGAUUCGGUAUUACUGAACGGCAAAACGCAAAACGCCCAUUGUGUUGUGGGGUCACCGUCUUGCGAAUGACUGAGGCUAGGGGCUGUUUGUGCACUGGGAGAGGCAUCUCUCGGUCAUCAUUUGAAACUCUAUGCCCCGCCCUUUCAAGUGGUAAGAGUUUUAUUCAUGGGCGGUUCGUGGUUGCAGAUAUAUAGCGAUUUCAAAUCGGGUCCAUCACUUUGAAACACCCUGUAUAUAACGAGAAUAAGCCUAUCAUUACAUCAUUGUAUUUUUUUUGUCUUGUCAAACCUUAUUGACAGCACCCUAGUCCACAUGUGCAGCACUGUGUACGCGUAUCCACGUGUUGUGUGUAUGUAUACCCACAGAAACAUACAUAUUAAACAAUAAACGGUACACACUGUGCCUUUUUGAAUUUAAGUUUUGCAGGUUCAGGCUGGUGUGGGAUAGUAUUUGACCUCCGUAAACGUCUGACCCGUGGAUCAGAGUACAAGACAUUGAACUGCAUCUCAACUAGUUCAAACUCCCCAGGAAGUGUUCGUCAUUUGUCUUGUAAAACCUGUAAUUAUUUUGGGCGUCAAUUCAUCUUGUACCUUUAAAGCUGUAUAGACACAAUCUUAUUUGAACAAGGCUCUCAUAAACCUUGGGUCGACACCCUAACCGCUAUCAUAGUAAUUUUUGGUUGGGACGCAAAUUAUUUGUGUACUACUAUACAGUAUAGUGAUCUGACCCCAGGGGGUAAUUUUUACACAAGGGAACAUCUUAAUAUUUAAUCUGUACAUUGGUGUUCAAAUAAUUAAAUAGUAUUCUCAUCCUGGGCUCCACAUGAUAUGAAUUUGGGUCAAAAGUCUCGCACCGGCAGUGCGGGGUUAGUUGUCGGUUCUGUGCCGCAACACGCUUUCAUCUCCAGGUUACGACUGGAAACGGAGCCGGGAAUCGAACUUGGCGCCUCCGGGCCUGCAGCCGUCCUGUGCGCGUAUCCAUUUGGUUUAAUGUAUGCCUCGUGUUACGGGAACGUCCGGUUGAUGUGCAUUUCACAGUACUUAUGCAGGUCGUGCAUGUGUCUUGCCCAUGAAUAAAUGUGCAUACCCUG